AUGGCGGAUCUUCCUGAAGAAAUUGUGAUGGAAAUUUUGAGCUGGUUUCCCCUGGGACAGGUGGAAAAAUCGAAGAUCCUCUCCAAGCCCUACGCAAAAGCCACUUGGGAAGCUUACUACAGAAAUUUGAAUGCGGAGCGGCAGGGUGGCCCCGUCUUAGAUGGCUUCUUGCUCCAAACCUACCAAAAGAUCCACCGCUAUUUGUCCUUCGUUUCCCCACGCCCACCACCAUUUAGCUCUCCUUUUCAUCUAUCGUUGAGUUUCUUGCCCGGCACCGACCCUGAAAUUCUAGCCGUAGCUCCCAACGGCUUGGCGAUAUGCAAAACACGUCACCCUGGCCGGCGCUACUUCGCCCCAAUCUACUGCAUUUGCAAGCCCACUACCAAGCAGUGGAAGGGCAUGCCUCUUCCCAAGACCCGCUAUUCUACGACAGGAAUUGCCAUUAGGAUCGUUAGUUUGGACCCUCUUCGUUUCAAGGUGGUCCGCUUCUCCAAAAACCAUAUCCCCUCCAAGCAACCCAUGACCAAAUCGUAUCUGGUAUGUGAGCUGUUCGACUCCCACACCUGGCGAUGGAGGCGACUACAUGACGUGGUCUUCCCCUCUUAUUCAGGCUACAUUGUAUAUGGUUCUCCUAAUGUUUCUGCUUGUGGCUCUGCCCAUUGGCUCCUCGGCGACCAAACUAUACUCGCCUUUGACUUUGACGUCGAAACCUGGUCCUUUAUUGCGCCGCCAGACCACUUUAGCCUCCAAGAUUGUAGUGGCCAUCAUCAUCGAGUAACUCUUGCACAGUACGAAGGAAAGCUUGCACUGAUGAUGCAGGAGACAAAGGUGAAAGCGACGGAGGUAUGGGUGAUGGAGAAAUAUGAAAAGAGAAUAUGGACCAAAAGAUUAGAUUUGGCGAUGGAGAUGCCAAUAGCGUUCUACUCCUCUGAUGUUGCGAUGAACGUCCAGAUGUUUACGGAGGCCAAGUUCUGUAAUUUCGUGCAUGGAGGUUGCACUUACAGCCCUACGCGAGGGGCAAUGUAUGGGUGUCCCGAUGUUUUUCCUUUCCUAUCGGAUUUUGAGCCAUGCAAUUUGUUCGAUACCGCUCCUCCUCGUCGCCUCAACCCUCGAACCAUGCUCAAGAUCCUAAGAAAGCGUUUGCUUGCCAUCCAAAAUAACGUCCAUCUUUUACUUUCAUUUUUUUUCUUUUUGCAUAUGGACGCUAUUUUUUUACUUACUUUCCUGCGUACCAUUGUUAUUGCAUCUACUUACUCUUCAAAUUCAGAAUAA